AUGCUUCUGAAGGGUGUGUUGACAAGCAUUUCACUAGCCAUUACGGCAAUCACCUCGACUUCCGCAGUGCCGGUCGGUCAUAGCUUUGAAGGCCGACAGGAGGAUGGGCCGGUUACUUGGGAUACACAUAACCUCAUCGUCAAUGGCGAGCGAUUAUUCUUGUUCAGUGGCGAAUUUCAUUACUAUCGCUUGCCUUCACCAGGUUUAUGGUUUGAUAUUGCCGAGAAAUUCAAGGCACUUGAGUUCAAUGGUAUCUCUUUCUACUUUGACUGGGGUUAUCAUUCGCCAAAGAAAGGUGUCUAUGAUUUCAAUGGCGUCCGUAAUGUCCAAAAGGCAUUCGAUGCUGCCAAGGCUGCAGAUCUCCAUGUGAUUACACGUGCCGGCCCUUAUAUUAACGCUGAAGUUGAUUGUGGUGGCUUCCCCGGUUGGCUCGUAAACCAGUAUGACAUGGCGCGUAAGAGCAACCCCGAGAACGAUGCCAAUUCAGCAGAAUGGCUUGAAGCAAUCGACAAAUUCCUUGUCCCUAAUCAGAUCACCAAAGGAGGCAAUAUCAUUUUGAACCAAAUUGACAAUGAAUACGCUGACAAUGUGGAUGAGAACUAUAUGGAAAUGAUCAAGAACAAGUUCAAGGAGGAUGGAAUGGAUGUGCCGACCAUCUUCAAUGAUAUUGGCUCACCCAAUGGCAAUUGGAUCACCGGACCUGGAUCUGUUGAUAUCUACGGCUGGGAUUCUUACCCCUUGGGCUUCGAUUGUGCCAAUCCAACAGUUUGGCAAAAUAACCGAAGCACUCAUUGGCGUGAUAUGCAUGAGCUUCUUAACCCAGAUCAACCAUUCGCUUUAUAUGAAUUCCAAGGCGGUGCUUUUGAUCCGUGGGGCGGACCUGGUUAUGACGCUUGCCGGCAACUUGUAAACGAGCAAUACGCUAAGGUAUACUAUAAGAACAAUUAUGGACAAGGCGCAACCAUCCAGAAUUUGUAUAUGACAUAUGGCGGUACGAGUUGGGGUGGAUUAGCGAAGCCCAGUGUAUAUACGAGCUAUGACUACGGUGCUCCUAUCUCGGAACCGGGUUUGAUGACGCCCAAGGGCUAUGAAGUUAAACUGCAAGGAACAUUCUUCCACACAGUCAAGCCGUUCCUGACUACGGAGCGCUUCGAGCCAAAAUCAGAUAACAGUGAUAUUAUUUUGAUUGACGGACUUGCUGAUGUCAACACCAACACCAAGUUCUACAUUGCUCAGCACUGGGAUACAGCCUCUGAGGAAAAGGACGAAUUCCAUAUUACCAUGGAAACUUCCGAUGGCACUUUUGAGGUACCACAAGAUGGCAAGCUCAUCUUGAACGGCCGUGACGCCAAGAUUCUUACGUCCGACUACGACUUCAACUCGCAUCACUUGGUCUACUCUACAAGCGAAAUAUUCACGCAUCAAGCAAUGGGCUCGCACGAUGUGAUCCUAGUGUACGCUUACGAGGAAGAAGAUGGUGAAUUUGCCAUCAAGGUUAAGAACGACAAGAGGGUCAAGGUCGAGACCGAAGACGAGAGCGUAUCCCACUCUGUCGACAAUGGCAUUUUGACACUCAAUUACAAGCAUCCCGACGGUACGACGCCUAUCUAUAUCAGCGGCGCUGGUAAAGAUCUCCUUGUGCUUGUUGCCGGCUAUUCCAGUGCCACUCGCUGGUGGGCACCUAUUACCGAUGCCAAGAAGAACGAACGUGUUUUGAUCCAAGGCCCUUAUCUUGUCCGCAGUGCAGAAGUCAAGGGCCGUACUGUCGCCUUCAAGGGUGAUAUUGAUGAGACCACCGAUAUCCAAAUUGUUGCACCUGAAAGCAUUCGAUCGUUCACCUGGAAUGGCAAGGAGAUCAGCAUGUCUCCCACCGGUCAUGGAACUUGGUCUGGUACUUUAGAUUUUGGUAAUCCCGAGGUCAAGUACACCGAUCUCUCCGAGGCUACCUGGAAGUAUAGUCCUGGAGCUCCCGAAUCCCAGCCCGAUUUUGAUGACUCAGAUUGGAUCAAGGCAAACCGUACGAAGAGCAACUCUGUCACCAUUCCUGAUACUUGGCCGAUUCUAUAUGCUGACGAUUACGGUUAUCACACUGGCAAUAUCUGGUUCCGUGGCACUUUCCAAGGCACCUCUCAAAUCACUGGCUUUAACUUGACCUGUCAUUCUGGCGCUGCAUCCGCUUGGAUUGUUUGGCUCAAUGGUCAUUAUUUGGGCGGCUUCGAUGUUGGCAAUCAAGACUUUACCAAUCUCAAUGGCACGCUCAUUGAUCCCGAAGGCGAGAACAUUAUCUCUAUUCUGCUGUGGACCACUGGCCACGAAGACGACUGGAACGCCGAUGAUAAUUAUAAGCAAGCCCGCGGUUUUACAAAGUCUGAGCUUUUGGGUGUCAGCAACCAAACCAUUUGGUCGAUCGAUUGGAGAAUUCAAGGUAACCUUGGCGGUGAGGAUUUGGCUGAUCCAGUCCGUGGCCCAUACAAUGAAGGCGGUCUCUUUGGUGAGCGCAAUGGCUGGCACUUGCCUGGUUUCCCUGACGAUGAUUGGGAAGAGGCAUCUAUCCCCGAAUCUGAAAAUCGAACUGGCGUCUCAUGGUACCGAACCACCUUUGAAAUGGAUAUUCCUCAAGGUUACGAUGCUCCUAUGAGCCUUCGUUUCGAGGAUGACUCAAAGGCACGUUACCGCUCAUUGGUGUUCCUCAAUGGCUGGCAGCUCGGCAGAUAUGCCAAUGAUCUUGGUCCACAGACCCAAUACUAUCUUCCCAAGGGUAUUCUCAACACAAGCGGCGAAAACACAUUGGCCAUCGCUGUGAUUGCUGUUGACGAAGCAGCACAAAUUGGAAAGGUGAUCUUGGAACCCUACACCAUUUUGGAAUCUGGAAUUCCAGAGGCAGAGCUUGUCGAGUCACCAUCUUAUAGCGACCGUACACAAUAA